GACGCUGGUUUGAGGCCUUCUGUGUUUUCAACGAAAGAACCGAGAAGAAAAAUGGCGUCGAUUGGCGACCCGGAGCGGGACACCGGCUAUUCACUUUAAGCAUUGCGCCCAAAAUUGGGUCCGUGCGCUGGUGGGAACUUCGCGGCAACUUUUGCAUGACCCGUUCGUGUUUCCUUUCCUAGUUUUUCUUUGUCGUGCGUGGCCUCUCGCGGCUCCGCGAUUGAAGCGGAACAGAAGAGGCGCUCUCCUACAAUGAGGGGUAGAAGAGGAAGGCCGCCCAAACUAGCAGCGGGGAUGCGGGAAGGCUCACCCGGGCCAACCCGCGGCUCUCGGAGUGGAAGGGGCAGAGGGAUGCGAGGACGGGGACGGGGCAGAGGACGGGGUCGUGGACGCGGUUUAACCGACACCGCUUGUGUCACCGGUUCCGCUGAGGUGGACACAGAAAUAUCAGGCCGAGAGAACUUUAAUUUGUCCCGGGGCCGCAAGAAAGUUGGAGCCGCCACCUCUGAGGUGAGCGCGGCAUCGCGGGGCAGAGGAAGCAGAGGGAGAGGCAGGGGGUCGAGAGGCGGCCGCGGGAGUAGAGGCGGAGUGAGGCGGCCUCCGACCAAGGUGGUGUACGACGACAACAGCGACGAGGAGGACGACAAUUUAAGCUACCGCUCGGAGGAAGAUGAACUCUUAAACGACAACCCUUCGUCGGAUCUUGAAGAAGAAGAAGAGGCCUUUGGAAACGUCUCGGACUAUCUGGAGGAACUACCAGAUGAUGAUGAUGCCAGCUACUGCACGGAGAGUAGUACAAGGAGCCAAGGCUCGCACGGGAGCACCCCAGGUCGACGAAGGAGUCGAGUGGCGCAACCGCAGUCUCCCGUCUUCGAGGCACAAGACAUUCCCCCAUUGGAGCUUCCCAAGUCCUCCGAGGACCUCUUGGUUCCUACCUCACAGCUCCUCAACGUAUCCGCCGUGUACGAGGUUCUCCGCAACUUUGGCACUGUGCUGCGGCUCUCCCCUUUCCGUUUUGAGGAUUUUUGCGCGGCGGUUGCCAGCCAGGAGCAGUGCACGCUCCUGGCAGAGACCCACAUUGCCCUGCUUAAGGCUAUACUCAGAGAGGAGGACACAUCCAACACCACCUUUGGGCCUGCCGACGUGAAGGAUUCUGUCAAUUCCACACUUUAUUUUGUGGACGGUAUGACCUGGCCGGAGGUUUUACGGGCAUACUGUGAGAGUGACCCGGAAUAUCGACACAUUCUCCCUUUCCAGGAAGGAGAGGAUUAUCCGUUUGAACCCUUGGAGAGCAAAAUCAAAGUUCUUCAAUUUCUAGUGGACCAGUUCCUGGCGACCAACAUCGCCAGGGAAGAGCUCAUGUCAGAAGGUGUGGUAGCCUACGACGACCACUGCCGAGUUUGCCACCGCCUGGGUGACCUGCUGUGCUGCGAAACCUGUGCGGCCGUUUACCAUCUGGAGUGUGUGAAGCCGCCACUGCAGGAAGUGCCGGAGGACGAGUGGCAAUGCGAGGUUUGCGUAGCGCACAAGGUGCCCGGUGUGGCUGACUGCAUACCCGAAAUACAGAAAACCAGACCCUUCCUUCGCCAGCUGCCGGUCGGAUAUGACCGGCACAGUCGCAAAUACUGGUUCUUGAACCGCCGCAUCGUCGUCGAGGAAGAUGGCGAGCAGGAAAAUAAAUCAAUCUGGUAUUACAGCACCAAGUUCCAGCUAGGUGAGCUCAUCGAGCGCUUGGAUAAGGAUCACUGGGAAGCCGACCUCUAUGCUGCCCUUGAAGAAAUUCGGGACGAGGUUCACACACACAUGGACAUCACGGAGGAACUAACCAACAAAGCUCGAGGCAACAACAGGUCUUUCCUCAAUGUUGCCAAUGAGGAGAUCCUGGAGCGUUUGCGAGCCAAGCAGGAGGAAGAGCUAGAAGAGGUGAAAAGGCAGGCGGCCGAGGAGGCCCUUAAAGCUCGUCUGGAGCAGGAGAAGGACGAUGUCGAUGUGGAGAAAGAUGAUAACAAAGACGGCAAGCUGAUUGACGCUGAAGAACAACAGCUUGUCAGCGUCAGUGAUGAGACCACCAAAGAGGAGGACAAGGAGACCAAUGAAGAGGCAGUGGAAGAGAAAAACAAUGGCAAAAAUGAAGCAGAACACCCAUCAUCAGACUGUGUUGCUGUUAGUGGCGAUGGUGUCCCAAGUUUGAGCCAUCCCAACCAGGUGAUUGAGGACAACAGUAAUAGCAGCAUGGUCCCACCCAGGGGCCCUGAACCUCCGGAUCUGGCUGACAAGUCCUCCCAGUCCUCCCUGUCAAGCUUCGAAGACACAGGAGAUGGCAAAGACUCCACCAACGGCGAGUGUCCUGGUAGUAAGAAAUCAUCUGCAACUCGUAUGGUGACCCGCCUGAGGAACCCGGAGAGCAAGUUGAGCCAGAUGAAGAGCCAGCAGGUUGCUGCUGCCCUGCAUGAAGCCAACAGGGGCUUCAAGGAGGGAAAAGAGAUUCUAGUUGUGAAUGCACAAGGUGAUGUCACCCGUGUCAGUACACGCAGCAAGGACGUGGUGAUGAAGGGGACGCUUUGCCAAUACUUCAAACUCGGUCAGGAGGGCAAAUAUCGAGUCUAUCAUAACCAGUACAGCACAAACACCUUAGCCCUCAAUAAGCACCAGCACAGAGAGGAUCACGACAAAAGGCGGCAUCUCUCCCACAAGUUCUGCAUGACUCCAGCAGGGGAAUUCAAAUGGAACGGGUCCAUUCACGGUUCCAAGCUUAUCACCAUCUCUACAAUAAGGCUCACCAUCAUUCAGCUGGAGAACAAUGUUCCGUCUCCAUUCAUGCACCAUAACUGGGCCUCACACAGGACCAACUGGAUCAAAGCGGUACAAAUGUGCAGUAAGGCCAGAGAGUUUGCCCUGGCUCUCGCCAUCAUGGAGUGUGCCAUCAAGCCUGUGGCAACCAUGCCAGUCUGGAAGGACUCACUUGGUCACACCAGGUUAAACCGGAUGACUUCCAUGGAGCGUGAGGAAAAAGAGAAAAUAAAGAAAAGGGAGAGGAAGCUGGAGGAAGAGGAGACAAUGCAACAGGCUACUUGGGUCAAAUACACUUUUCCAAUUAAACACCAGGUGUGGAAACAGAAAGGUGAGGAGUAUCGUGUUACUGGCUACGGUGGCUGGAGUUGGAUAAGCAAGACCUAUGUCAAGAGGUUUCUCCCAAGACUUCCUGGCAACACCAAUGCGAACUACCGAAAAGAACUUGAAGAUGCUAAACUUGGCUUAAAAUGCACUCUUUUGGACUUGAGUCGAAGACCCAGUGUCCAUCCACCUGAAGAUCAGGGAGUCUCCAGCUUGAGCAGUGAUCCAGCAGCUACAGAGUCAUCUCCGCCUUCGAAACCCGCCCAGGAUAUUCAGCCGCUAGAUGAAGUCAUGGAGUCGAAUGAGAAGAUGGAAGAGGAACAAAAAGAAGCUGUGUGUGAAACAGAAACAUCUGAAAAAAUGCCUGUUGACAACUCAGAAUCCAAGAUGGAGUUGGAGGUUACUAAACUGAAAGCAGACGAUAAGACAAUGUCCAGUAUCAAGGAAGAGCCUGUGAAGGAGGAGCUUGCAGAUGACCCUUUUCGUCCUUUUAACUACGACGUGGUGGAUGUCAGUAAGGGCUUCCUCACCCGCAUCGCAUACAAGAAGAAGGUCAAGUCUUCCAAACUUGACAGCCUGCUAGAGCGACGAGUGAAGCAGCACGCAAUUGAAGAGAAAUCGAAGCAACAUGUGUCUGCAUCAAAACCCAAGACCGCCCCACCUCUUUCACCCUCCUCCUCAACACCACCACCACUGGGCACUCCUGUACGACCGCGGUCGCCGCUUAAGCCCCAGGCUCUGGCUCAGGCACAGCUCAAAGUGUGCAAAGCUGCGAAAGAGGAGAAAAAAUCUUGCGCAUUUCAAACGUGUGGAUCUGCAGAUGUUGGAAGAGUUCAAGGUGACGGUCAGGCUGUCGUCUCUAAAACAACAGAAGACGUAAGUGGUCGCCUUUCUCCUAUUCCGAAUUCAACACCCAAAGACAGUUGCUGUUCAGGUGCAGAAAGAGAUUCGUCUUCACCACAAAACCAAGCCAUCAUGUUGUCCCAGGAAUUGAAGGUUGAGUCCAUUGAAAGGACUAUGGGGCCAAAAGAUUGCUCUUCAGAGCAACAAACAGACAGUGCUUGUUUAGACACUACCAACGGCGGGCUUAUCGAAAAUAUAGGGUCCGAGGAACCUAACGUGGACUCAAGUAGUAAAAAGGACUCGGUAAGGACGUUUAUAAAAGCUGCCGAGAAAAUAAAUAGUGAGAAUACAUCACAGCAAAUUCCGGAGACAAUAAGCUCAGUGGAGCUAGCCACUGAGACAAAUGGUAUGGGGCCUGAGGAAAACCAGGAAAGUAUCAAAGAUGCUGAAGACCCCACUUCUCCUGUUUCAGUUGAUCCUCUCCCUCAUAUAAAUGGUAAGGAUGGUUUAGGGAGUGAUGUCGGGUUGAGUAACUCCCUGGUAAGUCCAAAUAAUGGCGUGCUGACUAACAAUACCAAGGUGAACAGCAUUGGUCAAGUAGAAGACGAAGGUAUUUCACAGAAAAUUAACACCGAACAAAAACUUUUGGUAAAUGGAGAUUUGACUCCUAUGAACAAAAGCAUACACGCUGUAGAAAAGGAGCCGACCCCCGCAGAAACAUUUGAGCGCAACGUAACGACACCGCAUCAGGAUUACAAUCCUCCUCUGAAGAUAUCAAAGCUGGGAAACAGCAUGGAUCCAUUUGAGGCUUGUUCUCCAAGCUCUCUGCAGCACAGCUUAAAAUAUACCCCCGUAGUCAAGAUCAUCAGAAUGGCACCCUCACCUAUACCUUCGGCAGAAGAGUCGAGUUUAAGCGAUGAGUUUGCAGAGAACAGUGAGCGAGAGACGGCGACGCCAUUGAAGACUGAGGUAACAACCACCGCAGCGGUUUCCAGAGAGGCUGCAACAGCAGCCAUGACAACAGAAAGUGCCGUUUCCACCCUCACUUCCAUGACCAAAACGACCGUGACCAAAAUCUCUUCCUCCAGUCCGUCAGAAGACAGCCAGAGUGACAUAAUGGCACAGCAAAAGGACAAAACCAUUUCGGGCAGGAAAUCAACAGCCAGUGGCGUAACUUCAGACAUAUUCCAGGAAGACUCGACCAGAGGCCGAGUACGCCUCCGCAAAUUCUCCCGCACAAAGAAAGUGCGCUCGGACACGGCGCUUCCUUCGUAUCGCAAGUUUGUCACCAAGAGCAACCGCAAGAGCAUUUUUGUGUUGCCGCAUGACAACGUGAAGGUCCUGGCAAGGCGCGGGGGAUUCCGCGAGGUGGCCGUCUUUAACUACAACGCCAAGCCGGCUCAGGAUAUUUGGCCGUAUCCUUCCCCCAGACCCACAUUUGGCAUCACUUGGAGGUAUCGCUUGCAAACAGUGGACACUUUGGCUGGUGUGAGUCUGAUGCUCAGACUGCUCUGGGCCUGUUUGAGAUGGGACGACAUGGCCGUCAAGCCGUCCGCAGCCGUCGGUACUACACGAACAGAGACGUCAGACACAGAAAUCACCACCACAGAGAUCAUCAAACGGCGCGACGUGGGACCCUAUGGCAUACGCUCGGAGUACUGCAUCCGCAAAAUUAUCUGCCCCCUGGGAGCACCCGAGACCCCAAAAGAAACCCACACGCCACAGAGGAAAGGGCUGCGCUCCAGUGCCUUGCGUCCCAAGAAACCCGAGCCUCCCAAGCAGACGGGCCCCGUAGUGAUCGAGACUUGGGUUGCUGAGGAGGAGCUCGACCUCUGGGAGAUCAGAGCUUUCUCGGAGAGGGUUGAAAAAGAGAAAGCUCAGGCAGCUGAACAAGCCAAGAAACGGCAGGAGCAGAAACCAGGCUCGGUCACGGUCACUCCAACAGGAACUCCAGCAACACCUGCCGUGACGCCUAAGGUCAUGGUAGCUUCACUGUCAGGCCAGGGAACUCCCAGCGCCAAGGUGGUGCUGUCCUCAAAGAUGGGCACGCCUGUCAAAUACCAGCAGACCAAGAACUUCCAGCAGUCAUUUGCCUCGUGGAUUAAACAGAGUCAAAACUCACCAGAGACCACAGUGACCACGACUGGUGGGCACACGUUUCAGAUUACAGGAACCACAGUGGGUGGGAAAGUAGUGACCACCAAGUUGCCUCUUCCAGCCAACAGCAAGCUUAUCACAGUCAACAUGGCAACGUCACAAGGAGGUGCUGUGCAACAGAAGGUGUUGGGUAUCAUCCCUUCCGGUACUACGGGUGGUGCUCAGACGUUUAUCAAAUUGCCACGCACUACCCCUGUGAACAUCAGGCCCAAUAUCCCAGGCACCCAACAACCGAUCCGGCCUGGAAUGACAACAAUUCGGACACCAAUCCAGCAAGGCGGACCGAUGGGAAAAACAAUCCUCAGAACACCGCUUGUGGUCCAGCAAGGUCAGGCUGGCCAACAAGUGGUAAGUCAGAUCUUACAAGGCCAGACAGUGUCAACUCCAGUUUCUGGAGCCAGCCCUGUUGCCACAGUUACUGGCCAGAGCCCAGCCUCCCCCGCUACUACUGGAACGACAUCUGGCCAGGUUAAACUCACCAUCUCACAGAUAGCUCAACUCACACAGAAGCAGCAGGCUGGCUCAGGUGUUGGUGGCUCCCACCAGGGUGUCACAGUGAUGAUUCAAGGUCAAGGUCAGACUAACGGCCAGCUUCAGGUCAUACCUCACGGAGUCACGGUCAUUCCGGGUCCCGGCCAACAGCUCAUGCAGGCGACUCUGCCCAACGGCCAAAUGCAGCGCUUCUUAUUCACACCCCCAUCCGCAGUGGCUACACCUGCGCCGAGCACGGGAACCACACCGUCUUGCCAGUCUAACUCCGACUCCACAAAAACGCCAGCCCAGCCUGCUCAACAGGCAGCCGCUCCAGUGCAGCCAGGGGCGGCUCCUCUGGCUCCCACUAGCACCCCGUCUGCAUCCACCCCACAAGGCCAGUUACCCCCACAGACGCAGGCCCACAUGCCCAUUCAAUCUCCCACCUCGCUGCAGGUGACGACACAGGGAGGAACUGCCCAGCUGCAAUUGCAGCAAACCCCCCAAAUCAUCAUGUCUGGACUGCAGCAGCAGGUGCAGGUGUUGGCCCAGCUGCAAGGUCAGCAAAGUGGCACAUCUUUACCACAGCACUUUAAACUGCAGCUUCCUGUUCAGAUACAGCAGGCCGGCCACACCUCUACUCAAGGAGGACAGAUUGGGAACGUUGUGACCAUCCAGGCCGCUUCCGUACAGGAGCAGCUGCAGAGGAUCCAGCAGCUCCGAGAGCAGCAACAACAAAAGAAGAAACAAGCUGCAGAAGCCAAGAAAGAGCAAGCCCUCAACUCUGUCAGCCAGAAGGACAUCAUUCAGAAACAGGUUGUGAUGAAGCAGAACGCUCUCAUCGAAUAUCUGAAACAGAAGAAGACUCUGACACCUGAGGAGAGAGAAGAGAAUCAGAGAAUGAUUGUAUGCAAUCAGGUCAUGAAGUCACUCCUGGAUCGCAUAGACAAAGAUGAAAGGCAAGAGGCCAAAAGGAAGAAGAAGGAAGAGAUGAUGGCGUCCAAGAAGAGGUUGGCAAAUGCCAACAAGCUCGCAUCGCUUCUUUACCGCCACAAAGAGAUGCUGAAGAAUGAUAUCUUGAAGAAACGAGCGCUUCUUGAUCAAGAGCUCCAUUUAGAAGCCCAGGAGGAGCUAAAGAAAGACCUGUGGAGGAUGCGGAAGGAGAAGGAGAGAGCGGCGGCACAGAAAGCUGCCCAGGCUGCCGCCGCCUCUCACGGCCAACAACAACACGCUCAAGUCCGUGCGCACAACAUAACCACUCAACCACACCACGCCACCACCGUCACCCCCAUACACAAAAGGAAACGUGACGAGGACAGGGAAAGUGCCACAUCGGCUAAGUCCAAGAAGAAGAAGAUGAUCUCCACCACCAGCAGCACCAAGGACACCAAGAAGGACACCAAACUCUACUGUAUCUGCAAGACGCCCUAUGAUGAGAGCAAGUUCUACAUCGGCUGCGACCUAUGUACCAACUGGUAUCACGGCGACUGUGUCGGAAUAACGGAAACAGUUGCCAAGGAUAUGGACGACUACAUCUGUUUGGAGUGUAAGCAGGGCCGGAAGAGCACCAAAGAGGAGCUCUACUGCAUCUGUCAGACACCGUACGAUGAAUCGCAGUUCUACAUUGGUUGCGACCGGUGUCAGAACUGGUACCACGGUCGCUGUGUAGGCAUCCUGCAGAGCGAAGCCAACCACAUAGACGAAUACGUGUGCCCGCAGUGCCAGUCGACUGAGGACGCCAUGACGGUCCUCACGCCGCUCACUGAUAAAGACUAUGAGGGACUGCGGAGAGUCCUGCGCUCCUUAACGGCACACAAAAUGGCGUGGCCAUUCCUAGAGCCGGUGGACACAAGCGACGCCCCUGACUACUAUAAAGUUAUCAAGGAACCAAUGGAUCUUUCCACCAUGGAGGAGAGGUUACAGAAGCGCAAGUACGUCAGGCUAACGGAGUUUGUGGCAGACAUGACCAAAAUCUUUGACAACUGCCGCUACUACAACCCCAGCGACUCGCCCUUCUACCAGUGUGCCGAGGUUUUGGAGAGCUUCUUCGUCCAGAAGCUCAAAGGCUUCAAAGCUAGCAGGUCUCAUAACAACAAACUACAAUCAGCUGCCUCUUAGUGCCCUCUUAAAAAAAAAAAAAAAAACUUACGGAAAAAAUAAAAGUAGGAUACGGAUGACCGUUUGAUUGAUUAAACCUUCCAAGCUCCAAGUUGUGCUGCGUCUCAUGACCCAAGGUCACUUCCAGAUGAAAAGGGAAAGGAAGUUGAGCCAUCUGAGGUGACAGCUGGACUCGGUGACUGAGAUUUCCCCCUCAGACCAGUGUGGGCAAGCGGAAACAUCCAGAUGCCAAAGAAGUGAGCCAGCAGUACCGUUUAGGUUCUCUUUGCUUGCAGAAAUGGUAAUUCUAUCAGGUAUUGUGUUCUGAUUAGAAUCUCAAAGGGGAUAGUACAAAAUGUGCAGCACUUUGUUCAUUAUUCCAGACUAUUGUCAAAUGUGAUAUUCUUACCCUUUGACUAACUAGCAACCAGUCAGGAGUGUACCCCACUUUUCGUCCUAAGUCGACUGGGAUAGUCUUCAGAGAAAUAAUGAAUGUUAUCCAAAGCGACACACUUCACCUUAAGAUGAAAUGUCGUUUGGAAAUUAUUGUAUUUUUACAAAAAGUUGAAAUGAGCCUUCAUAAAACUGAUUAAAAAUGCUCGCUGUCCAAUGGAAAACAUGAACAGGUACCUCAACAGUUUAGAAUAUCAGGCCAUUUGGAAAUGUGAAAAGCAUAUACGUUUGUUCAGGACAGAUAUUUCAAGAUUAGUUUUCAUCAUUUUGAUGGUUAUUGCUUUUGAAAACUUAAAAUUUUGAAUAAUUAGAUUACGUACAUAUACAAAAUGACUUAAUAAAUUAGUAUGUAUUUGAGUUUACUUUUUUGCAUUGGAGGAUUGAUGGACGUGAACUAAUUCUCAUUGGUUGAGACACUGAUUUCUCCAAAUUGUGUGUGUAAAAGGAAAAUAAUUUUGCACCAAUCUAAAGGAUGAUGCAUAAAAUGACAGUUCUCAUCAACUACAAAGUACUGGGUAUCGAAUACAGUGAACACUUUUAGGUGUGACAUUUUAUCAAAAUGGGUAAAAAGUAAUGAAAUUAUAAAUUUCUCUAAGUAAAACUUUUUAUAAUAUCCUAUUAGGGGAUUGCCACCUAAAAGGUUUUUGUUCAA